AGCUGCGAGGUGUAUACGCCGCAGGUGAAUCUACUAGAAUCUAUCAUGCCUUUAUCGAAGAUAGAUUUGCGACGAGGCUCGAGGUCCGUGGGAAAGCGAACGAAUGUGUGUGUGACAAGAGCGUGAGACGUCGAAUGAUAAAAGAGCCUUUUAAAUCGCGUGAUCGAAAGUACAAGCUCGUUGAAAAUACGCCGAUCUUAACUAACUAAUAUCACCAAUAAUUAUUAACAUUAACAAUGCUGACUGGAGUGAUCGACGGAACGCUGCUAUGUUGCGACAACUUCACCACCGGACGCGUGUCCGUCGAAGACGACGUGAUUCGAAAUCGUGCGAUUUCGUCUCUGGUGUGGACGUCUUACGGCAUUGUAGUCCCAAUUAUACUGACCGUGGGCAUUUUCGGUAACGUGGCGAUCCUAAUUGUGCUGUCGGGCCCGAUGUUUCGCGGGAUUGCCUACUUGUACCUCAGCGGACUCGCGCUGGCGCACGUCGGUGUUGUAUUAUCUUGGAUGACAAUCACGCUGAGAUUGGGCUACGGUAUGAGCGAGAAUUACCUAUUAGCCUUUUACCACGCUCACUUCGAACUCGUUAUUCUCAACGCCUUUUCGGCCGCGAGCGUUCUCAUCAUGGUCUGUUUAAUCGUCGAUCGAUAUAUCUUCGUGUUCUUCCCAGCGCGCAUUCGUACCGGAAAUGCGCGUAAGAAUGCCAGCUCCUUCAUAUUGUCUUCGUUCAUCGCUGGCUUCAUGAUAAGUGUUCCGUUGUCGUCUAUGAGAAUCAUUUAUAAAGAGCAGGAUGGAUCCAGCGCUUCGUUCAUAUUACACGAGAACGCGUCUAUUACGCGGAGUGUGAUAUGGAGGAUAUACAUUUGGACGAUGGAGAUCGCAGUGCGGAUUUGCCCGUCAAUUCUAUUUAUCGUACUGAAUAGUUUCGUCAUUAAGAGGUUCCUUCAGCUGAACGCGCAGAAUCGACAGUUCCACGCGGUCUCGGAUAAAUAUCGGGGUAACAACGCGCCUGACACGUCGCUACUGUCUCGUAAUCGAGGAUACAAAGAGGAGCAACAUUUGGCGAUAAUGACGACAACAAUGAUAUUGUGCUUUUUCGUCACGACAUUACCGUCAAGUCUGGUGCCGAUGUUGUAUCCUAAUCGUCAUCCGCUGGAUCUUCGUUAUCAAACCUUCCGAGUGUGCUCGGCAAUCGUUGAACUCGGCAAUUAUGUUGUUUAUAUUCUCAUAUAUCUGGUUUGCAGUACAGAAUUUCGAAGAGCAUUGCUGCGAUUUUUACAAGGUAGAUGUAAUGAAAAUAUAGUGCAAGAUACUGAUCAGCCGGUGGGUGAGAUCGAAGAUUUCAGCCGACACGGCACCACUGUUCGACUAACACCGGAACAUACAAAAUUAAAUUCUUCUGAAUCUCCAACUAGCAAAGAAGCUAAGAUGGAGGAAGAUUCUCAUUCGUUAGAUGCUACAGCUUCCAUGUUGGAACACCAAGUCAUUGCAUAAUUAAAUCGUGAAAUGGAAGCUAAGAAUUUAGUAUUUGUAUUUAUUAUUAUCAUGAUGAAUUGUACAUUUAUAACGCAUCCACCCUUCCCUUCCUCACCUGAUUGGAGCUACAUUGAAUCGUUGGAUAGAUCGGAAGUAAUAUAUCAAAUAUAAUUAAAUUUGAUUAUAUUUUUUCUUA